AUUUAGCCAGACCAUGGGCAUCGUGCUGAAAACAUUGAAGGGUAUAUAUUUUACCCUGGCCUGCCUUAUAUCCUCAUGGCUGGCAUCUUGUUUCUUUCUGUUACCAUCCUACCCACUGGGAAUCUUCGUACCUCACAUCUACCGAUCAUAUAUGCAGUUUGUGAUAGGGACUUGGCUUCUUUUCCCCCCUUCAAUUUACGAGGUAUGGUAUUUAUGUUUCUAAUCACCUGCAUGUCUACUAUUUCCCCCUAACUUACUACUCAUUUAGCCAUGGUGUUGAAAACAGUAAAGGGUAUAUAUUUUACCCUGGCCUGUUUUGCAUCCUCAUGGCUUGGAUCUUGUUUCAUUAUGUUGCCCUCGUACCUGCUGGGAGUCUUCGUACCGCAUGUCUACCGAUCAUAUGUUCAGUUUAUGAUGGGUACAUGGCUUCUAUUCCCCCCUUCAAUGUACGAGCUACUGUGGGGAACUCAAAUACGUGUUAGUGGGGAUAAGAUGAGGCGAAGUGAGAGCUGUUUGAUAGUAGCCAAUCACCGCACACGUCUUGACUGGAUGUUUAUGUGGUCAGUUACCGGGCGAGCACGGUGGUCCGCUCUCAUGAAGAUUAUUUUGCGCGGUGAUCUGAAGCAUCUUCCUGGUUUCGGCUGGGCUAUGCAGUUUGGAGGUUUCUUUUUCUUAUCAAGAAAGUGGGCGAGCGACGAAAAAUAUCUCACUGAUAAAAUAAGGUACUUUACAACAGCUACAGAGCCCCAUAAGUUACUCAUCUUUCCGGAGGGUACCGACUAUGACACCAAGACCAAAAAGCGGUCCGACGCUUAUGGAGACAAGGAGGGGUUACCACAUCUAGAUUAUGUUCUUCAUCCUAGGACCACAGGAUUUAUCCACUGUGUGCAAGAGUUAAGAAAAGGUAAUGUUCCUGCUCUAUAUGACAUGACACUAGGCUACCCUAAAACUCUGCCAGACCGUGGCGAAUUGGAUCUUAUCACUGGCACUAUGCCUGAAGAGAUACACGUGCACGUUCAGAGAUUUGAUAUGGACGAUAUACCGUCUGAGAAAUUAGAAACUGAUAGAUGGUUACGAGAACUUUGGUACGAAAAGGAAAAAAGACUCGAAAACUUCUACAAAGAAGGCCAGUUCGCGGAAGAAAACCCCAGCAAGCCCUAUUUCCCUUCCUCCGCAGACAACUUCAAGAUACCAAUAUUCGUUAUCUGGAACGCUGGACUCCUCUUAAUAAUCUACCUCCUUUUUGUCUCACCUGUCACCAGAUCGUACCUGCUAUUUUCAAACCUUGCCCUCAUCGUCCUCUCAACUCUAGGCCACAUAGAGGACAUUGACAGAAAGUUCGAGAAUAAUGAACCCACAAUCUCUGAGCAGCCUUCCUCAGAAACCAUCAGUACAUAGGAUUAUAUAGUACUUCUCUCAAGUAAAAUCGGUAUAAUCAUCGGAGGUAGUUACUUAUUAUAUUGAGAGUUUAAUUAGUUUUAUACGAGUGCAUGAAAAUUUGCGUAUUUUUAGAGAACGUAUUUAGAUUCGUGUAAUACAACUUUUUGAGCUUAAUCUGUGUAUAUUUACGUAAUGUAGGGGAGAUGAAAGUAGUAAGCUGUAAGACCGAGGAGUUUGAAGCCUCGUGCUUAUUAUGAUUGAUGUAAAUAAAUGAUAAUUAUGAAAAGUUAAAAUGUUCAGUGAAUUAAAGUUUUGGCAUAAGUUCUGUGCUUACUGCUUAGUUGAGGAGGUGUUGCAACUAAAAAACAACCACCAGAGCAUUAUAUUUGGUUUGCAGCCUCCUCUCUUGGAUUUGCUGGCAGUAAAUCCGACAAAUAUUUCGUUUUUCUUAUUAUAUAAAGACACGCAUGUAAUAAUUGCAAUGUUUUAAUUUGGUGAUUUUUACCGAAAUCAUUUAAAAAUUUUAUUUCAGUUUGGUUAUGAGUUAGUAUUGAAUUGGGUAGAACUAAGCGUUAAGAAGAUGGGAUAUGUAUCUUUUAUUAAAUUCUUCUAAUUCUCUUUGAUACAGAAAUUUGUAGCUUUAACUGAAAUUAGUUGAUGCAUGUGGCUAAUUGUAGAAUUUUCAUGCCAAUAUCUUUUGCACGGUUUGCAUUGUUCGUUGAGUUCACCCUUUUUAUUAUUAUGUUUUGAUAUUUAAGAUUUGUUUUGUAAGUUUUCGUGUAUAUUAAACAUUAAUGAUGGUUUGAGCUAGAUGUUCUCCUUUAA